AAUUGACAAAUGACAAGGUUAGGUUAGGGGGACUGUGAUUAUUUUUGAUUUUAGUAAAAUUUAUUUACGUAAUAUUUCUACUUAAAUUUAAAGCUGUCUAAUUAAACACAGUUGUCAUCUGCUUGUAAGCUUAUAAAAUGACUACACGAAAGCCCAUUUCUUGGUUUAUAACAGAAAAAGGUCGUAAGUUUUCGUUUGCUAUUGUUACCGGUGCUGGGAUUGCACUAAGUUGUGCUAGAUUUAUGCCACAAACCCUUUUCCUAGAAAAAUACAAAGAUUUUGUACAUUAUUACAAAGAUGGUGAGCGAGUUGGAAUUCCAAGGGAACUAUCAUCACGCUAUGAUAAAUGCCUUGAAAUUUUAAAGUUGACAGAUACACACAGGAAACUUAUCCAACCAUUUAGUGUUUUUGGUUUUGACUUAUUCCAUGCAGGCAGUACAAGUUCAAAAUUUGGAGUAGCAAUUGGAAUCCCUGUUAACUUUGCUUACAAUUCUGUGGAUGACAUUAAAAAAGAUAGUAUUCAGGUAAAUCAAAAAAACAUAAACUGGGAGUCUGAACUUGGAAAAAAACUAGCUAAUGCACUCAUUCUUCCGGAUAAGGUGCAAGAAUUUGCUAUUUGCAGAGAAAUUCUAAUGGCCAAUAAUAACAAAGUGGUAUUUGAAUCAUGCUAUCCAUUUAUGUCUAUAUUUUUUGUGUACAACCUUUGCCAAUAUUUAAAUAAGAGACUUAAUUUGUAUGCAGCCCACCCAUUGGUCAGAUCUACCAUGUAUACUAUUGUAGGUUUAUUUGGAGUUGGAACCUAUUUCCUCAUGAAGGAUCUUACAGAAGUACAUUAUGAGACAGAUGUUGACAAACAAUUAUGUGAACUUGGUCCUGAAUAUGUGGAAAAUGGUGUUAUAUUCUAUGAGAAACUUUUACAGCGUAACCAAGCACUAAGAGAGUUAAUGGGAAGUGAGGGGGAGCGGAAAUAUACUAAAAUGGGUAAUGAAAAUUAUGGUAUAAGACAGCCGCGAAUAGCAUUGAUACAUCGAAAACAAUUUUUUGAACUUCAACUAAAAGAAAAAGCACUUCCAGAAGAACAAGACAGCCUUGAAGAAUAAUGUUUAACUAGUUUGUAGCUUAGUAAUAUUUAAAUUACAAAAAAAUGUACUUGUGAAGUUAACCAAAGGAAAGAAGUUAAAUCUUUAUUAAGUCAAAGUAAAAACUAUAACUUA